UUUAAUUUUUUAUUUUUUAUCUAAUGGUUUAUUGAAUGAUCAUUGACCUAGCUUUAUUUUUUUAUUUCAGGGGGCACCGUUUUCAUCAAGUCCAUUGAUGCCUCCGCCCAUUGCAAGAAUGCCACCUACCUAUGUGAGCAGAUAGAGGAGGUGAUUGAAGAUGUGGGUGAGGAGAACGUGGUACAGGUGGUGACCGACAAUGCAACAAAUUAUGUUGCUGCGGGUAGACUAUUGAUGGAGAGGCACCCAUCUAUAGUUUGGACUCCAUGUGCUGCUCAUUGCAUUGACCUCAUGCUGGAGGAUAUUGGAAAAAUCCCAUGGGUCAAGAGAUGUGUAGAAAGGGCAAGAAAUGUCUGCAAAUUUGUAUAUAAUCAUUCAUGGGUGUUGGCUCUUAUGAGACAAUACACAGAGCAAAAGGAGUUAGCUCGUCCAAGAAUCACAAGAUUUGCCACAAACUUCCUCACAUUGCAGUCCAUGCUUAGGUUUAAGUCUGCCUUGAGACGUAUGAUUGUUGGUGAGGAGUGGUCUUCCUCAUCCUAUGCUACCACCCCUGCAGGGAAAGAUAUGGCAGAUUGCAUUUUUGAUGAGCAAGGCUUUUGGGUCCCUUGUGAUGAGAUAGUGAAGUUUGUUAAGCCCUUGGUGGUUUUGUUGCGAGUUGCAGAUGGAGAUAAGCCCGCAAUGGGCUAUAUAUAUGAGGGCAUGGAUAGGGCGAAGGAGGCCAUUAGAUUCGUUUAUGGAGGAGAUGAGAGCAAGUAUGGUCCCAUUUGGGAGAUCAUUGAUAGGAGAUGGCAUCAUCAGCUUCAUAGGCCCAUCCAUGCGGUAGCCUAUUAUCUGAAUCCGGCAUUUCGUUUUAUCCCUUCUUUCAAGGCUGAUGUGGAGGUCCUUAAUGGGCUAUAUGCAAUCAUGGAGAAGAUGGGACAUGCUGGUACUUCUUAGAUAGACCUUUUUCGAGAGCUACAGUUGUUCUUAGAUGCACAAGGGGAGACCUUCUCUCGUCUCGUCGCCAAAGACGGUAGGACAACUAUGAUGCCAGGUAAAAAUAAAUUGUAAGGCUUAAUUUUAGUUUUAUUCAAUACUAUAUUGUAACUUGUUAAAUGAGUUCAUGAGAGACUGAUUUUAUUUAUUUUUCUCAUUUCAAACUCAGAUCAUUGGUGGAACUUUUUUGGCCCAGAGACACCAAAUAUUCAGAAGUUGGCCAUUCACAUCUUGAGCCAACCAUGCAGCGCAUCAGGUUGUGAGCGCAAUUAGAGUAUGUUUGAGCACAUACACUCCAAGAGGCGCAAUAGAUUAUCUGUGGAGAAGAUGAAUGAUCUCGUCUUUGUUCACUACAACCUCCGCCCGAGAAUGAGAAAGAAUGCAUUAGUUGACAUGUCUCCUAUCAUUCUAGAUGAGGUUGAUCUUGAAGCAGAGUGGGCCAAUGAGAAUCAGACAGCUCCUGGGACUCCUACAACUGUAUUUAGUGAUGAUGACAUUGAUUGGAUCGACCAGGUAGAUAUAGAGGCUGAGGCUGUAGCCAUGGUAGAGGAGGAGCAGAGAGCACGAGCAGAGAUAGGAAAUACUGAGACUCAAAGUGACACAGCUGUUCCUGAUGUUGGUGAGCAUGGCAUGGUGUCACGGGGACCGACUAUGGCUGCUGAAUCAUCCAGGACCUACUUUAAACGCCUUCGCAGGGGGCUAGGGCAAGAGGGUGCACGGCCCUUUGAGCCAUAGGCUUGUACACUUGUAGUUGUAUUUAGUAUUUACUAUUUACCUUGGUAUUUGUAUGAAACAUUUGAUGAUGAUCAUAUGAUGACAUGGAUUUUUUAUUCCAUGAGUUUUGUAAUAUUGUAUACAUUUGACAAUAUUUAUAUAUCUAUGUUUGUUAUUUUUUUCAGCUACAAUUUGCGUUUAUGCUUAUGUGAUUGAUGUAUACUUGUGUAUGUAAUCAAAUGAGCCGAUUUUGAUGAUGUUUUUGUGUCUUUAAGGUGUAUUCAAUAAAGGGUGUCUGAAACAAGUUUUAAAUCUUUAAAAAUAUCUAAAUUUCUUGAGUUUUUCACUUUCUCGAGUCUAGUCGAGUCUGGAGCCGAGUCUGGAGCCGAGUUCGAGUCCGAGCUGAGUCCGAG